AUGAAUUAGGAAUAAUCAUAUAAUUCAUACCUUAAGCUUAAAAUUAAAGAAUAGAAAAUAGAUUCUCUAAAUUUUGAAGAUCAAUUUUAAGAUUUUAGCUUAAUUAAAGUCAUCAAAUAACAUCUUGUCGAUUUAUAAGAAAAAAAUUAAAAUAUUUAAAAUCUAAUUGUAGCAAUAUCCAAUCUAUAUUAUGCUAUAUACUCAAUAAAAGAUAAACGAAAUAUAUCAAUGUUACAUCAAAUCUAAAUUAAGUAGAAUGAAGAAAAUUCAUUUCAUAAUGAAAUAAAAAAUAUAAUUUAAAUGAAAAAAGAUUUCAUUCAACAACUUAGUUAGAAUGAAAAAAAAAAAUACACAUAGGUAUUUGUUAAUUUACAUCAAAGGCAAUAGAUUGGACUAAAUACAUCCUUAGUAAUUAACAUGAGUUUGCUGAUUUUUUUUUACAUAUAAAGCAAGUUAUUCUUCAAUUAAAGAAUAUGUUUUUGCAUAAGCGUAAAAGCCAUCUUUUGGUGUUAUUGUAAAAUCAAAAUGAAAAAUUUAAUAAAUUUUUAUACACUUUCUGUUUUAUUCAAAAUAUAAAAUUAGAAUAAGGUUAAGAUCAAGAAUAAAACAUAGCUGAAAGUUAAUUAUUAAAAACUGAAGAUGAUAUUAAUAAUGAAAAUUUGUAAGAGUUUGAUCAUAGAUCAAAGAGAAAUUUGUAUAUAAAUAUUACAUCUGACAUUAAACAAUAAGAUAUAGACUUUUGGUCAUUUUUUAUGAAAGAUUAUAAAGAAAACACUUAGCUUAUAAUUUUACAUCCUUUAGUUUAAGGUUAAAAUGGUAUUAACACUAAAUAAGAUUAUAAAUUAAGAAGUAAUACUAGAAAUGAAUAGCUGGUUCCAAUCCAUUAUAUAGAUAAGGUUGAAUAUUAUUAAGUGAAAAUGAUUUAUAAAUCAAUUCUUGAUUAAAAAAUUCAGAAUUUUAAUCCAGAUUUAAUUGUUUUAGAAUAUUUAUUAUCUAAAAAAUUUAAAUUAGAUUUAUAAGCACUUGAAUAUAUUGUUAGAUAAUUAUAACAAAAGGCAAAAUUAAUAAUUCAUUUUAGAAUCAGCACUGAAGAAAAUUUCUCUGAAUAUGAAUUAUUUAGCAAUUUAAAUGCAAUUAUUAUGGGGCUUUAAGGAUUUAAAAAAUUAGAAAAAAAUUUUAUAAGUGAAACAAAUUAUGAAGGAAUAGUUAAUUGGACGUUUCAUAUGAUGUCAAUUCUCAAUGAAUCGUUUAAAAUUAGUAAUUUAUCUCUUUAAAGUGAAUUGCAAUUAAUUUCAAUUUAAAAUUAAAAUUAAAAAAAAAUAUUUGGAUGUUUGUCAUUAAAAAAUAUUUUUUAAUGGAUAGAAAAUAAGAAUUUUUAAAAUUAAUCAUACUAACAUUUCGUAUUUGAAGAAGUUAUAGUUUUAUAUGAUAAAAUAAACGGUGACAUAUAUUAUUAUGAUCGAAAACUCAUGAAUUCCGAUUAAAAUUCUUUAGAAAUUGAAUUGUAAAUAUUAAUCUAUUCUAAGCAAUAAGAUAGAAUUAAAAUCUUAAUUAGUUGAACCCAGUAUAAUAGUUUUAUAAAAUUAUUUAAUUAUUGCAUAUGGACAUUAAUAAAAUAAAGAAUUUUCUGAUCAAAUCUUGCUUUAUGAUUUGAAAAAUUAAUGUUAAAAUCCUAUUGUAAUGGAUCGUGACAUAGAAUCUGCUGAAUUUAAACCAAUUUAUUGUGAUAAUAAAAAAUAGAUAUAAAUUGCUAAUUUAAUUAAAAAUAGAAGAGGCCCUUAAAUUUGUAAAAAUAAUUUAUUUGAUCCAAAUAAUUAAAAUGCUUUGUCUUUUAUUCUAAUUGGAGGAGAAGAGAAAGAGUAAAAAAUAACUUAAAUAAUUUUAGCUCGAUUUUAAUAAUGAACAUAAUUGAAGUAGUGAUACUGAAUCUAAGAAAUCAAAAAUUUUGCUCUUAUAUUGUGAAUGGCUAAUCUUUAAGUAAAGUUACUUCUUUAAAACCUUGGCCUUAUUAAAUUGUUCUUGAAUGUAAAUAAUAAAAUUCCUGUUUUUAUUUGGUUUUAAAUGGAAAUUAAACAAAGAAAUAGAAUUAUUUUUCUUUUCCAAAAAACCCUCAAUAUCUAAAAUAAGCAUAGCUUUUAGUUUAACAAUAAAAUUCAUUUUAAUUAUUUAUAUUACCUAUGAAACUAAUAAUUCAAAGGUCAAUAGUUCCUAUAGAUGAACUUUUUGAUGAAUGUAAAUGUUAGUAUUUUGAUCAAAAAUAAAGUGAGGAAAAUUGUUUUGUUUGGAAACUUUUGAUAACAAGGUUUAUUCUCUUUCAUAAUUCAUUAAUAAAUCAUCCCUUAUUUGAUAGAUUCAAAAAAAUUUUACAAUCAUUAAAAGGCGAUGCAUUUUUAUAAAUAUGUUUUUAAGUCAAAAUUAAAUUAAUUUUAUAAGUGUAAGAUUCAAAAACUUAAAAUUACUAAGAUUCUCGUGUGGAAGUAGAUUGCUAAGUAUUAGAAAUAUUUUAAAAAAAUAUUUGA